AUGGCAGACGUCGAGACAGCGGCAAUCGACGAUUCUCUGGCUCACUCUGAAGCCGGGGACGAUCAACCAACACACAGCACCGUCAGCGCGACUGUCGGUAUUCGCCGCCAGGCCAAUGGCACGAUCGGCUCAGUUUACUCUGGAAACAAGAUCAAGCACCUGAAGAAAGAAGACGGUAUCGCGCUAUGGCGUAAGGACAUCCAGUACCAGUUUCUGAAGCUUGUUUUCGAGGAUAAAACCCCCGUCUUCACGCGAGCUUCUGAUGGUGUUAAGAACCUCGAUUUUGCCGAUAUCUACAUCGAUGCGAUGGCAAGGAGCAGCAAAACGAGCAAGAUCCUGAAAGACAAGCUACAGAAUGAUAAGCAGGCUGCGAUUAGCAUGGCAAUGGUCUGCCUGCUGGUUAAUUUCGGGCGCAUGAAUACUACUUUGAAUUUCUUCCCAGAAAUGCGAGCGCAAUUGAGAACGUAUCAUUCGAUUCCAUCUUUACAAGCCAACCAAGACCCGAAUGCUUACAAACAACUCCAAGAUGCUCCUCGCCUCAAGUCAAUUCUAAAAGGCGCUUCGGAAGAUACCGACCAGCCGCCAACUAUCGAAAAGAUCAAAGAAGAGAGUGUACCUCGCACUAAUCCCGUCCACCUUAUUUUCCUCCUGGCACAGUAUGCACCGAAAAUAUCCGAGACACACUUUUUCGCUCCCCGUGAUUUCUUUGAUCUCGUUAUGCGCAGCACACUCAGCAGUAAGAGCAGAGCGAAUGCCUUUCUAUGGCUCAUGUGGUGGUACCUUGAAAGCGAUUUCUCCCGGGAAGCUGCUUUGAACAAUCCAUUCGGGGCAGGUCUGGAUGGAGAAGGUACAGGUGGUUUGCCUAUCAAAGUACCAGCAUUUGAGGGCUUGACAGAGGAGCAGGCAAAUGAAGAGAACACAGAUACCCCCGAGGAGAUCAAGUACGCCGAAGAAAUGCGCUUGGAACGUAAGCGUAUAUUAGAGGAAGAUGAGCCUAUUCCUCGAAUCACCAAACGUUCCAAGAAGACGGAGCCCGGCUUUGAUGAUGACCAGAUCGGGUCUGCAAAUUCCACACCCCUCCAUCCUUCUACGCGUCGAGUUGCAGUUCUUGACGAAGAGGAUGACUGGUCCACUCCUGGAUCUGCUCGUUCGCGAUACAAGAAACCGAAACGAGAGUCAUCCCUCAACCGGGCGACUGCUCAACGUAUUGUUCUCAAGACAAGAAUGGACCAACCUACUUCGGAUGCCGCGUCUCCGGCUCCUCCAGGAUCUGGGCAUCCGGUUCUGAAUCAAUUUAUAAAUGAUUCUGCAACUCCAAGCCAUACUCUGCCGUCCCGUCGACCCCGGCCACUAACACAGCACCAAUUAGCUGUCGAACAAAACCGUCGACAUCGCAUCGCAUAUUUGCUAGCACAGCGCAAAGCUGAAGCUUAUAGAGUCACACGCCUCCAGCGAGAAAUGGAACCAGCUGUCGUUCGCUACAGUUCGCGUAUAAUCCAGAACUUGCCCAAUGCUGGAGUCGUCGAAGGGGAAGAUAUUUGGGGGAAUAUUCCCAAGAAGGAGGAUUAUGGGGAAGCAGCUCAUCACUUCUUGUCAGUUCUCCGCAAGGCUUCUAGAAGAUUGGAUCGCUGGGACUGGUCAAAGGCCAAUGGGCCAAGUAAGGACCGCAAAAAGGCGAGAGAAGAACGCCAGAAAGCAUACCAGAACGGCACUGUCCAACUCGGCCUCGGCGGACGAGUUGGUCGAUCAUCUCGAUCGGCUCGGCCAAGACCACCUCGUCCCUCGAAACGCAAGAUUGCGCCGAGCGCUUCUGCCUCUUCGAACCUGAAAUCUAGGGUUAUGCCAUCUGUUAAAAGCGACGUGCAGCCAUCGUCUGAUAUCGCUGAUGGCACUUCUGUCAAAGACGGUCCCUCUGGCGACGUACAAUCCUCUCUCGCGAGUGUUUCUCGUGGUGAUCCAGAUCUCUAUGGCGACGAGACGUUGGACGACGUCGAUAAAGACGCCCUGAACGAGGGAAGCGGACACGAAGAUGAGGACGACUCGGAACUAUCAUACCCUGAAGACGAGCACGACGAAGAGGGUGACGACGACGAACUCGAGGAGGGAGAGGGCGAUGGCGAUUCCACCUUUGAAGGCCGCAAUGGCUACGAUAGCUACUCUGAAGCAGGCGGCGAUGGGGAAGAUGAUGUCGAUGGUGAUCUUGAACAGGCUGGCGAAGGGGACGAAGUCAUGGAAGAUCAGUGA